AUGGGUCGUGGUUGGAACUCCCCGAUCUAUGGGUUCUUCAAACCCAUCCCCAAGAUCGUGGAUGUCGGCGGACGCCGUGUUCACAUCUUCGAGUGUGGAGCGAAGGGCUGUAAGUGUAACAAAAAGUUCAUCAAUAGGUUUCUAAACACAGCCGACGCAACUUCGACUGGGAAUAUGUUCCGACAUGCGAGGGUCUGCUGGGGUGAAGAAGCAGUCAAUCACACUAUCAAGAACAGAAUGACACCGGGCGAAGUGCGCCAGCACUUCGUCAAGAACGCGUCUGAAAACGGUGACAUCACCACGUUCUUCGAGCGCAAAGGGAAGGGACCGGUAACUUACUCACAUCGUCAACAUACCCGCACGGAAGUACGCGCCGAGUUUGCGAGAUGGAUGGCAGAGUCUUACCGGCCGUUCAACAUCGUUAACGACGAACGCCUCCGGUCGCUGCUCAAGACUGGACAACCCGGAUACUGGAUCCCUUUGGCGACAACUGUGGCGCGCGAUGUCAAGACUCUCUUCGCGUGCUCGCGCAACCGCUUGAGUCAUAUGCUGCGGAACUAUGACGGCCAACUCAGCAUCUCAACUGACUGCUGGACGUCGCCCAAUGGGCACCCGUUCGUUGGUAUCCUAGUGCACUUUGUACACAACGGAGAUCCGAUCAGCUUGGUGCUCGAUGUUAUCGAGGUGCCGAAGGUACGCACCUUUUGA